AGUAGAGAGAGAAAAAAAAUAGAGAGAAAGCAUAGAAUUAACUUUCACUUUGAAAGAAGCUAAGAAAUCUUAUUUGUGAUUAAGCCCACUGGAUCCUCGUCUGCUUAGAUCCAAAAUGAUAAAAUUCAAUUUGAACAUCGUUAUGGGAAUAUUGACGUUGAUUUUUGUGAUAGUUUUCUUUAUAGUUGGCGGCUACUACACGCUCCAGCAUCCGAAGCAGGAACAUUUCAAGUCCUGUUAUGCCGAAGGUGGCGUCUGUCGGGAGGAGGAAAACUGCAAGGAUCAGUUCAAGGGUUACUUUCUCACUUUGUGUGUGCUUAAGCGAAAGAUCUGCUGUCUGUCCAAGAAGCCAUUCGAGACGGAAGUUGAUUAUGAUUGAAAGUGCCCUUUAGUCUCUUAGUAUUAUUAUGUAUCCAAA